UGAGAGAGUGAACACCGGCUCCUAAUGCGUCCUCUCCUCGCUGGGUCCUAGUCAUGACACAAUAUCUGCGGGUAUAAAAGGGAGAACCACUCCUUCGAAGCCUACUGUACGUCUGGUGGUUACCGCUUAGUUUCGUACAGUAGACGGACAGGAGUGUGAGGAUGGCGACGUUAGUGGAAUCGGCCGACACCGAGCCCACAUGCAGUAGUACUGCGAUGGCAUCUCCCACAUCUUCCAGCCUUUCACAUCGAUUCCUCGACAACAAAUUUUAUCUGCUUGUGGUUAUCGGAGAAAUUGUUUCAGAAGACCACCUGAAGUGUGCCAUUGCAGAUAUAGAGAAAGGAAUCCGCUCAUGGGACACAAACCUCAUCGAUUGUAACUUGGACCAGGAGCUCAAACUAUUCGUUUCACGGCACUCUGCAAGAUUUUCAGCUGAUGUACGAGGUCAGAAAAUUCUGCACCACAAAAGCAAUGUCCUGGAGACAGUGGUGCUUAUCAAUCCUUCAGAUGAGGCUGUCAGCACUGAGGUUCGGUUAUUGAUCUCGGAUACUGCCAGACACAAACUUUUAGUACUAUCGGGACAAUGUUUCGAAAACACAGGAGAGCUGAUUCUUCAGUCUGGGUCCUUCUCAUUCUUCAAGUUCAUAGACAUCUUCACUGAUCAGGAGAUUGGUGAACUUCUUAGCACUACACACCCAGCCAACAAAGCAAGCCUCACCUUAUUCUGUCCUGAGGAAGGUGAUUGGAAGAACUCAAAUCUGGACAAACACAAUCUGCAAGACUUCAUCAACAUGAAACUGAACUCUGCCUUAAUACUGCCUGAAAUGGAAGGCCUCUCUGAGUUUACUGAGUACUUGUCUGAGUCUGUAGAAAUCCCAUCGCCAUUUGACAUGCUGGAGCCCCCAACCUCCGGGGGGUUUUUAAAGCUGUCGAAGCCCUGCUGCUACAUCUUCCCAGGCGGUCGAGGUGACUCUGCCUUGUUUGCGGUCAACGGGUUCAACAUGCUGGUCAAUGGGGGUUCUGAUCGCAAGUCCUGCUUCUGGAAACUAGUCAGACAUUUGGACCGAGUGGACUCCAUUCUGCUGACACACAUAGGAGAUGAUAACUUGCCUGGGAUCAACAGCAUGCUGCAACGAAAAAUAGCAGAACUGGAAGAGGAGCAGUCACAGGGCUCCACAGCCAAUAGUGACUGGAUGAAAAAUCUCAUCUCCCCUGAUCUGGGAGUUGUGUUUCUCAAUAGUCCUGAAAACCUUGAAAACCCAGAGCCCAACUACAAGGUGAGGAGGAACAUUGAAGAGGCAGCCUUCACCCUGCAAUACUUGAACAAGCUGUCCAUAAAACCAGAGCCUCUUCAUAGGUCUGUUGGGAAUGCAAUAGAACCCAUCAUAUUAUUUCAGAAAAUGGGUGUUGGGAAGCUAGAAAUGUAUGUUCUAAACCCGGCUAAAAACAGCAAAGAGCUCCAGUACUUCAUGAAACAGUGGACUGGUAGCAAGAAAGACAAAGCUUCUGUGUUGCUUCCUAAUGGCAAAGAGUCAGAGAUUCCAAUCUCGUAUUUAAGCUCAAUUUCAUCACUAAUAGUGUGGCACCCAGCUAACCCCUCUGAAAAGAUUGUGCGUGUCCUGUUUCCUGGCAAUGCAACACAACAUAAUAUUCUUGAAGGCUUGGAAAAGCUCAAACAUCUAGACUUCUUGAAACAGCCUGUUGUAACUCGAAAAGAGCUAGCCUCAAAUUUGGCACCAGCACUGAAGCAAGCAAAACUAAAACACAAAACUGAUAGCAAGGAAAGUCUGAAGUCUAUAUCAAGGCCACCGUCCAGCCGAGGAUCCAGGAAAGAAUCAAAGGAAGAAACUCCAGAGAAAGCAAAAGCUGAGUCUGAAGCAGUCCAAGAAAAGACACAAAAGCCUGAGAAGAAAGAGAAACCUAUUGUAAAGAAGGAAAAAGCAAAGACACAGACAACAGAGACAGAUGUCAAGGCAGAGAAACUACCAAAAACUAAUCAAGAGCAAGUACUAAAAACACCUGAGAAAAAGAAAGAGAUGAAAUCAAAAACACCCAAGGAAAAGGUCAUUAAAAAAGAAUCCAAGAAAACAACUGAAAAGAAAAAUGAGGAAAAAGAAGCUAAGAAGGAAGUGGCUAAGAAAGAAGAGAAGCUGAUCUCUAAAAAAGAUGAAAAGAUUAAAAAGGUAGAAAAAAAGGAAGAACCCAAGAAAGAUGUAAAAAAAGAAACAAAAAAAGAUAUAAAGAAAGAUUCUCCCAUGAAGGAGGGUAAGAAGGAAGAAAAGAAAGAGGCAAAGAAAGAAGAGAAAGAUCUACAGAAAGAUAUAAAGAAGCCCUCCAAGGAUGCAAAGAAAACUCCAGCUGCUCCAGGAGAUGCCAAAAAGCCUGUGCCAAAACCAAAAGUGCAAAAGAAAGAAGACGCAGUGAAGAAAGAUUCUGGUACCCCUGAAAAACCCAAAGAGAAGGCAAAGAUCAAAACUACCAAAAAAGACGUUAAACCCACUGAAACCAAACCUGCUGCUGCUGCUGCUGCUGCUGAUGCUGCUGCUGCUGCUGCUGUUGCUCCUCCUGCUUCUGCCGCUGCUGGUGCUGUUGCUGUCAGUGCAGCUGCAGCUGCUUGUAUUGCAGAAGCCCUUGAAGCUGAAAGAUCUUUAAUGUCUUCUCCAGAGGACCUCACAAAGGACUUUGAGGAGCUCAAAGCAGAGGACAUUGUGGAUGAUGCUGACACUCUGCCUCAAACUAAGCAGGAAGAUUCAGAGUCCACUGAGGUGAUACAGCACGAGGAAAUAGUCCCCUGCAAAGAGAUUUCUGAGGCAGAUGAACGAGCAGAAUCUCUAGAUGAAGGAAUAACAACUACUGAAGCUGAGGGAGAAUGUGGAGUGACCCCGGAUGAACUGGAGCCUAAAGGAAAAAUCAGUGCUGAUGUUAAUGAGAAAUUUGAAGAUGAGGGCACUGGGUUGGAAGAAUCAUCAGAAGCUGGAGACUAUGAAGAAAAGGGAGAGACUGAAGAGAUUGAUGAGCAGCAAGGCCAGGAGCAACAAACAGAAAAACAUGAAGCCAUUAGAGACAAUGAAGAGGAGGACCUCCUAGCGGAUAAGCCAACACAAGUUAGUGUUUGGUCCAAAGAAAUAGAGGAAGAUGUGGAAAUAUCUGGGAAGGAGGAAGAAGAGGUAACUGAGGAAAUUGAAGAUGAAAGCAAAACAUCUAUGAAAGAUGUCACCUCCCCACCAAAGAUUUCAGCCUCUCAGUCUCCAUCAGUGGAGCAGGUUUUGAUUCAAAGUGAAGCCCUUCCAGCUGGCUCAGGAAGUGAAGCAGCUUCAGAUGAAGAGAAUCGGGAUGAGCCCCUGGAGGAGUAUACAGCCACAUCUGGUCACACCCAGUCUACCCUUGAGAUUUCCAGCAUUCCGACACCAAUGGAUGAAAUGUCAACACCAAGGGAUAUUAUGAGCGAUGAGACAACCAAUGAUGAAACAGAGUCACCGUCUCAAGACUUUGCUAGAUUUGGAGGAGCAGUACCAGCAGGUAUCUAUGAUAGAACAAAACUCUCACCGCUCCAGGACAGCCCAGAAUCUGACCAUUCAAAGAGCGAUGCCACAGAGGGAAAGGAUUAUCACGCAUCAGCCUCUACAAUAUCACCACCAUCAUCAUUAGAAGAGGACAAGUCUUGCAAGCAGUUUGCUGCUGAAGAUGUUAUGGUGAAAGAGAUGGAGAGAGGAUACCGGUUAACACUUGACACACCAGAAAAAUUCGCCCUAGAUACAGCAAGCCUUAGUCCAUCCCCACCCUCCCCACUCGUUAAGACCCCUACUAGUGACCGCAGUGUAAAUUUCGACUUAACACCAACUGCUAUAGCUGCUCCAGUCGAAUUAGGUACAACUCUUUCUGGAAUGUUGAGGGAACUCAUGGAGCCUUCCACAAGUCCAGAUGAAAAGACAUUGGAAGGUGCUUCCUCCACACAGUCUGCCCCUGGAAGUCCUGGUCAUACACCAUAUUAUCAGUCACCUGUAGAUGAAAAAGCCAGCACACUACCACCUGAGACUCCGGCAAAAGACCAUGGACCAAUAAUAGUGGAAGUUACAAGUGACAAAGAGGAGUCUUCUGCCAAAGUCAGUCCGAUGGAUGAGCCCAUUCCUGCUUCUGUUUCACCCGUUGAGAAGGUUCUCUCUCCUCUUCGCAGCCCACCACCCCUGGCAACUGGAUUUGCAGCAGAGGAGUCACCAAAAGAGGGUGAAACAUCACACUUUGAUGUAGUUCAGUCCUCACCAGAAUUGAGCUGUGCUGAGAAGAUGUCACCACAGGCUCAAAGUCCCUCAGAUAGCAGUGCCUCAGUCCCACCCAUGCUGCCACAAGCUGAACAGGACUCCACAGAUCUGAAAUCAGAAAUCAGUAAAGAAAGCAGUAGCCCCCCAAGCACAUUAGAGAAAACAGAAGGAUCAGGAAAACCAACAGGGGACCAGUCACCCGUUUUGGUAGAUUCCAUCUCCUCUGGAGCAUUCAAAGAGGAGAGUAAAAUGUCCAUAUCAGAAGGAACAACAUCUGAUAAGUCAGCCACCCCAGUUGAUGAAGUAGUGGCAGAAGAUACAUUUUCCCAUAUUGCAUCUGCGUCAACUGCUUCUCUUGCUACUAGUUCAUUCCCAGAGCCUACAGCAGAUGAUGUCUCCCCAUCACUGCAUGCUGAGGUAGGCUCUCCACACUCAACAGAGGUGGAUGAGUCCCUCUCCGUAUCUAUGGUUCAGACACCAACAACUUUUCAGGAAACUGAGGUCUCUCCAUCUAAAGAAGAAAGCCCCAGACCUAUGUCAAUUUCUCCAGAUUUCUCACCCAAAACAGCGAAAUCAAGAACUCCUGUGCAGGAGCCCAAGUCUCCAGAGCAGUCCACAAUGUCAGUGGAGUUCGGUCAAGAGUCACCUGAUCAGUCCUUAGCCCUAGAUUUCAGCAAGCAGUCUCCAGAGCAUCCAGCAGCUGGUGCAAGCCAGCGUAUUACUGAGAAUGGCCCAACAGAGGUUGAUUACAGUCCUUCAGACACAGCUGACAAGAGGUUUGCAGAGGAGUGCAAGUCAGCAGUGGAGAAGCCUGUUCUGUUCAAAGAGAGUGACGCUGCAAAUUUUGCUUCAGCCUCUCCUUCAGAUGGCUCUCAGUCCACCCCUUCUGGUAACACACCUUCUCAGACCUCUUCUCCAUUCAAGGAGGAGCACCAAAUGGAUGUCACAGGCUUUGGUGAAAUGUCUCCAUGUGCUGCCAAAAGUUCAGCUUCUCCAGAGGGUCUCACACUGAAAGCAGAUGAAACUUCCCAGCAGCUGGAUAAGUCCCCUGUCACUCCUAAAGUCUCCUCUCUCACUCAUUCUCCUCUUUCUUCUGACUCAUCACUGGUAGGUCCGGACAAUGUGUCGAUUAAAGCGAUGGAGCCUACACAAAAUCUGGACAAGACUCCAAGUCCAAAAGCAAGCCCCUCCUCCUGCUCACCUCUACCCGCAGAUGCUUUAUUUAGUGGCGGAAGCUCUGUUGACCAAAAAGAGAUUUCAUUUAAAGAUGAUGAGACUAAACAACAGGAGGACAAGUCCCCUUCCCUUCCAAAGGCAGGAUCUCCUCCUUUUUCAAUGUCUUCCUAUUCUUUCUUUUCUCAGAAAACAGAAACACUGUCUCUGGCAUCAGAGACUAACCCAUUCAGAUGUGAAGAAUCUCCUAGUCAGUCUAAAUCCCCAGUCAGUCCUAAAGUCCCUUCUCCAUCAUAUUUGCCCCUUUCAUCUACCUUAUCUGACUUUCAAAACAAGUUUAGCACCUCUUCACAGUCAUCAUCUGCUUCUUACUCAGGAGUGUUUGAAUCCAGCUCUUCACAAGGUGCGGAACUAAAGUGUGACAAAUCAGAAAACCAGAAGGGUGCAGGCGGUACCAGGGAUCCAGAUUACUCAAAAAAGAGUCCCUCUCCACAAUCUAGAACAGAUGUUGAUUUAUGUUUAGUUACCUCUUGCGAAUAUCGCCACCCUAAAACAGAACUCUCACCUUCGUUUAUAAACCCAAGCCCUCUCGAGUUUUUUAUAAAUGAGGAGAGCAUCCAAGAAGAAGAAAAGCCUUUAGCUAAGUCUGGGGGAGGGCCUCCACCGCCUGGUGGGAAGCACCACGCCAGGCAAUGUGACGAAACUCCACCCACUUCCAUAAGUGAAUCCGCUCCUUCUCAAACAGAUUCAGAUGUGCCCCCUGGGACAGAAGAAUGCCCCUCCAUCACUGCCGAUGCAAACAUAGACUCUGAGGAUGACUCAGAAACUCUCCCCACAGACAGAACUCUGACAUACAGGCAUGUAGAUCCUCCCCCGGUUGCUGUCCGCGACUCUGCCCCUUCCCCGCCGCAUCCUGAUGUCUGCAUGGUGGAUCCUGAAGCUAUGCCAGCUGACCAGAACCUCUCAAAGCCUUCAAAGAAAGAGGGAAGUGAAAAGACUAAGAAGAAAAAGCUAGGAAGUAAGACCAAGACCUCUUCACCAGCAAGAAAGAGCGGCACGACAAAGACUAGUGCUGUCAAAGAAUCCUUAGAAAAGGUUUCAAAAGCUGCAUCUCCGAAGAAAAAAGAUCCCUCUGUAUCCAAGCCAAAUGUCAACUCUGAUGUGAAGGGCGGAGAGGAGAAAGAUGCCAAAAAUGCAUCCAAUACCUCUGCCUCAAGAGGUGCAAAAACUGCUACAUCAGGCUCUGGCAGUGGUAAGGCUACUGGAGGAAUGCCUGUACCCAACUGCCCCCCAAUGUACCUGGACUUGGUGUACAUCCCAAACCAUUGCAGCGCCAAGAAUGUCAAUUCUGAGUUCUUCAAGCGGGUGAGGUCGUCUUACUACGUUGUGAGCGGUAACGACCUCGCAGCGGACGAGCCCAGCAAGGCUGUUCUGGACGCUCUGCUUGAGGGGAAAUCUCAGUGGGGCAACAACAUGCAGGUCACGCUGAUCCCAACCCAUGACACAGAGGUCAUGAGGGAGUGGUACCAGCAGACCCACGAGAAGCAGCAGGAUCUCAACAUCAUGGUGCUGGCCAGCAGCAGCACCGUGGUGAUGCAGGACGAGUCCUUUCCUGCUUGUAAGAUUGAGCUGUAAUCGUGGACCUCCGGAUGCUUUCCCUGGCAAGAUCCUCAAUGUUGAAAAAAUUGGAUAUACUAAAAUAUAUAUAUAUACUGUGAACUAAAAGAAGAGAAAUCUUCCAAAGGAGAAAAAAAAAUGAAUCAAAAUGCUGAUAUUCAGUCACUUGGCUAAGGCAAACAUCCUUUAUAACUAAGGCACAUGACCCAUUCCAACAGUAACUAUUUAAAAAUGCACCAUUAAAACACGUAAUAUGAGAACAUUUCAAACCUUUUUUCAUAGAAUGUUACUAGGAAUAUUGCAACCUCUCCCCCUUUAUAAGGCAUGCCCAUAGGCGUAGAAUGGUGUGAAUACGGCACACCUACCAUAACUUUUGUUUUCCACAGGAGGAAAUGUAUUGCAGUGAUUAUUACAUAAGCCAUGCUUGUAGUAAUUACAACUCCAGUACAAUUAGUUCUUACCACACUACAUUAAAUUUAGGCAACCUACAUGCUCAUGAUCUUUAAUUUCAGUGAUAGGAACAUAGAUAUAAGUAUUAGAAGGGUUCUACUCUUUGAAGUAAUGGUUGAAUGUAUGCAAGAGCUGGGUGGCCCUAUUUGAAAGGAUCAGAUCACAAUAUUUGUUAAAAUUCAAGUGUGAUGUGUAUCUGCAAGUGUAGUACUGUAUCUAUAGAAGAAGCUGCUGAGAUACUAAAGGUUGCUAUUCCCUUUGUGUACGUUCAUUCAGGAUGCCAUAUUGGAUAUGACAGUGUACUGCAUAUCAAAUAGAAACCAACCACCCACCCAGCAAUUGUAUAUCUAUCAAAAUAAGUCAUUUAUUAAUGCUGACUUUUACCCCGAAGCAAAGACCAAAGCAUAAGGGAGUACACAUUUUUAUGCCUUAGAAUGUGACCUGAAUGUAAAAAAUACUUGAUGCACUUAUUUUAAGAAAUAACAGGUGUAUGAGAUUGAAAGAGUACACAUUUCCAACCACUACGGUCCUGCUUGAAGAACGAUAUGAAUGAUUUGAUAGGUAAAAGAUUGAUCCAACAAAUGGUCCCGUUGAAUAAAAAUCCAUACUUCUGGGAUAAGACUGUAUGCUUGAACACUAGUCUUAAAGGUGUUCAUUUACUUGUGAACUGAAGGGUACUUAGAGAGGUACUUACAACAUUGAAAAAUUCUUUCCAUUGAAACAGAAAGGAUUAAGGAUUUCUUUUCCAUUGUUUGCCAACUAGGAUGUAAAAUUAUGAUUUUUUUAUUGUUUGGAGAGAAUUGGAAAUGUCAUAAUUUGUUAAUUAGUAUGCUAAAAUUUCACAUCAAAAUACAUUAGGCAUUGUGAGCUUUCCUGAUUCCUUUUUUAAAAAAUGUACAGCAAGGAACAACAGCGCUAUACAGUAAGGCUUCACCCUAUUUAUGCUGACCAGAGCAUAUUAAAAACAACCAUAGUCAUUGUCUUCUAACCUGCAGUGGUAGGUAUAUUACUUUUAGAAUGAGGGAAGUCUAUUUAAGGUGAAAACUAGCAUUAUGUUAUUAGCAGUAUUGCAGCUGACAGACACUUUUUGAGCUUUCUUUUUAGAUAGUCAUCUUCCUACACUGAGGAGAAUUUGAUUUUGUAACAUUCUUAUUAAUGUAAUUCUCAUUAACUGUAAACCUGUGUCAGGAAAGGGGUGAGGUGUUUGCUGUUCAAAAUCAAAAAUUUACCCCCAACUCAUUUAAUAUUCUGUCAAUUUAAUCUACUGGGCAUUUUCAAAUCAAGUUGCAGCCUGUUUGAAUGUGAUGCAUUUGUUUGGUUUGUGAAAUGGUACUUUCCAAACCUUAGAUUUUUUAAUAACUGUACUAUAACUAUAAAUAACUUUGUGGCAAGGUGAAUGGUUGAGAGAAAUCUGCAUGUGUAAUGUAAAAUACUUAACAUUUCUUUUUUUAAGGCGGGGGAAGACUUUGGAACUGCCAAGAAAAAUACAAGGCCAUUAUGUAAACAAAUAAGUCAAUCAAUUGUGCACUGGCUAUAUUCAGGACUAGAGCAAUCAUCACUGCUGUUUGGUGCUGAUGUUGAGGGGAAUUGGCUACACAACAAAUGAUGUCCAUCAUGAAGAUUUCGAAUGUGAUCCACCGUGUCCUUUAAGAAAAUGGUAGUCACGGCCAAGGAUACUGUACUUCAGUCACCUGCAAAUCUGGAACCUUUUUCCAGAACACAUUUUCCGAUGUAGUCACAAGACUGUAUCCUACAUCAACAGUAGAGCACCUUUACCAUUGCAAAGCCUAGUUAGAUAUAGCACCAUUGAAAUUCGCCUUGAGACGAUACCAGCAUGGGAUGAUGGAUCAGUUUGAGAAUGUGGUAGGAUGAAUAAACACUUCUUUUUUCCAUUUAAGGACCUGCAAAACUAUCUUUAGAGCAAAGAAAACUGUACUUAACUGUUGACUCUGAAAAUGCCAGUUACAUAGUCAAUCACAAACAUCACAAGAACAAAAAUUUGAAAUUUUACUUACAGCGUAAUAUCUCAGUCAAACUGAUGACUUGGAACAUGGCAUCACCUGGAUAUUUUAGUACCAUCUGGUUUCCCUGGUGGACACCAGUACAUUGGACUUGACACAACAGUGACAGAACAGCUUGCAAAAGUACCUUUAACCACAUGCAUGAGCCUACAGUUGCAAUCUCACUACAGCAGUCUUGAUCUUCUCUCUAGGAAACAUCUCACGCUGAACUCUCUCUCCUCUUGGGUGAUUGUUAAUGUCUGUCUGCAGCUAUGUAUGGUACCUGUCUUGUAAUCUUGCAUCCCUCCUGUCCUUUUCCGAGUCAUAAUGUAGAGGCUAGUUUCAAGUGAAAGUAUUACGUAGUGCUUUUCGGAUAUUUGUGUGCAAUAUUUCCUUCUCCCACUGAAGCAUUUGAUGUAAAGGGAACAACUAUUAAAAAAUGGAAACAAAUCAUCC